UACUAUUUUGCCCCCACCAAAAUGCCUGUUAUUAUCAAUUGAAUUUAAAGAGUGAUGUGAACGGUUUUAAGAUUACUUUCAAGUAGAAGUGGCUUGAAUAUCAAGUAACCACAUUUUGCAAUGGCUCAUCGAUCGAACCCAACUAUUAAAUACACUAAGUUAUUCAUAAAUAAUGAAUUUGUGGAUGCUGUAGACAAGAAGACCUUCCCGGUAAUCAACCCUGCUACUGGUAAAAAGAUUGUGGAAGUAGCUGAAGCUAAUAAGGAAGAUGUUGACAAAGCGGUCGCAGCUGCAAAGGCAGCCUUUGAACAGAACUCCGAAUGGAGGACUAUGUAUGCAUCUUCAAGAGGCAAACUAAUAGGGAAGCUUGCAGAUCUAAUCGAACGUGACCAAGAAUAUCUAGCUGCUUUAGACGCCUUGGACAAUGGAAAACCUUAUAAAAGCGCAUUAGUAGAUGUCGAAUUUUCUGUUAAUGUCCUGAAAUAUUAUGCAGGAUAUUGCGAUAAGAUACACGGAAGUACAGUUCCCUCAGACGGUGACUUUAUGACCAUGACGCUUAAGGAACCCGUUGGAGUAGUUGGACAAAUAAUUCCGUGGAAUUAUCCUCUGAUGUUGUUGGCUUGGAAGUGGGCACCGGCUUUAGCGGCGGGUUGUACGGUUGUCCUCAAGCCAGCUGAACAAACACCUUUGUCAGCUCUUGCCGUUGCCGCUUUGGCAAAAGAAGCAGGAUUUCCAAAAGGAGUUGUGAAUGUAGUUCCAGGCUAUGGACCAACAACAGGCGGUGCACUGGUUAAGCAUCCCGACGUAAAUAAGGUUGCGUUCACUGGAUCUACUGAGGUUGGUAAUAAAAUCAUGGAAGAGGUUGGUCGAAGCAAUCUAAAACGGGUUUCUCUUGAACUUGGAGGAAAAAGUCCUCUUGUUAUAUUUAAUGAUAUCGAUGUGGAUAAGGCCGUAGAAAUCGCAUAUGGUGCUUGCUUCGCUAACCACGGGCAAAACUGCUGCGCGGGAUCUCGCACGUAUGUUCAAUCUGGUAUUUACAACGAAUUUGUGAAAAAGGCUACUCAAAUGGCAAAGCAAACGAAGGUAGGUGAUCCAUUCGCUGAAGACACCGAUCAAGGUCCUCAGGUCAAUCAAGAGAUGCUUGACAAAAUUCUUAGGCUCAUCGAAAGUGGUAAAAAGGAAGGUGCUAAUCUUCAAACUGGGGGCUCUCGCAAAGGGAAGGAAGGUUACUUUGUAGAACCGACUGUAUUUUCUGAUGUUAGAGAUGACAUGACCAUUGCAAGAGAAGAGAUUUUUGGGCCGGUUCAAAGCAUUUUCGAAUUUGAUACGUUAGAAGAAGUAAUUAAAAGAGCAAAUGAUACAAGCUACGGCUUGGCCGCAGGAGUUUUAACAAACGAUAUUACCACUGCCCUUGCCUAUGCCAAAUCGGUACGAGCUGGAUCAGUAUGGGUUAACUGCUACGACGCUAUUUCACCCCAGACGCCAUUCGGAGGAUUUAAACAAUCUGGCAUGGGAAGAGAGUUAGGAGAAGAAGGACUCAAAGAGUACUUGGAGUUGAAAACCAUAUCUAUUAAGGUGUAAAACAUACCCACAAUCUCACAAUAUGCAUUAGUGGAGCGUUAUACCAUAGACCAGUAUUUGGUCUAUGGUUAUACCCAUAACCCAACCUACGUACGUACGUACACCAUUAAAAACUUCAAUUAAUAUCUAUUUGUGGAUAUUAUAAAAUUGAAACAGUCGUCAAUGUGACGUGUGUCGUAUAGGAUCCGCAAGCUACAGGUGAAAAGGAUUGCUGCGUCGUAGUAACUUUUUAAAAAAUAGUUUUCUUUAAACUUUACGAAAUGUACCUAUUGUAAUAAACAAUCAAAAAUCAA